ACUCAAUUCUGGGUGACCAAACUUCGUAUAAGCAAAAAGUGUGCCUACACUUUAUUUGUACAUAUUUUAGUACCAAAUUAGUGAAGCAUUUUGUUUAUGCCGAGAUUCAUAAAAAGCAAAUAGGUUAAUUUUAUGUUAAUAUGGGUGGCACUCGAUGCGUAUUCCGCGACUGUCAAGUUUCAUCGCAGCGCAACCCCAAAAUGCAUUUCUUCAAAUUGCCGGUUCGCGAUCCAGAUCGCCUAGAGACUUGGCUAAAGAAUUGCGGCAACGCUAACAUUUUAAAUGUUGCAAGAGAGAAGUUAUCAAAUCGCGCUGUUUGCGCUCGUCACUUUCGCUAUGAAUGUUUUAUGAACUAUAAAUUGGAUCGACUUAUACCAAAUCAGACGCCCACUUUGGCACGCAUCAGUAAGGAUCUGGCCUGGGACAUGGAGCACCUCGACGAGAAUGGGAAGCCAACAAUGGUGAAGCUAUCCAUGCCUACAUUGGAGCAUUUGAUACCUCCCGAUAACUUCGAAUGUCCACUUGGUUUCACCGACGACGCACGAUUUGGGCGCAAAUACGUAGCGAGAAGACGAACGCCACCAAAGCCUUUGAUCCUCGAACCUAAUAAAAGACAAAAACUUGUGAAUGAACAAAUGAACAAAAGUGAAGCUUCUAUAAUCGUUGACAGUGGAAAAGAAAUUGAUAUGGAGUCUGCAACAGAGUCUAAGAAAACAGAAGAUAUUCAUGAAGACUACCAGCUUAAAUAUGAGCAAUUGAGAGCAAAUUUUGAGCAGAUCUCAAAGGAUAAUGCAGAUUUAAAGCAAACAGUAAAGAAACUAGAAGCUCAAACGGAAGCAUUAAAAAGCAAUAUCUCAACAUCCUUCUCUUCCGCUGCACCACAAUUGACCAAACCACAGUUGUAUAACGGAAUUAAAAAGUAUCUGGGUCCAACAAUGGCUGCACUCGUUCGCAUGGAAAUGUUUGGCGGCGCCGAGCGUCCAUGGAAAGAGGAUGAACGGGAGUUUUCCAAAGAGCUGUUACAGCUGGGCGAGCACAUCUACGCACAUUGCUGCGAUGAAUGGCGAUUUCGAUUGCCUUCGUUACGUAUGGCACGCAGUUGGUUGGAAGACAAACAUGCAGAGGAAACAGAGGAAGGAGAGCAGUUAUAGGGCAAGA